CGUUCCGUUCCGUUGGUUCGCGCCAACGAAGGGAUGCUGCUGCUCCACGGCGCCAGACCGGCGCCGGCGGCCGCCGCCGUCCCGAUCCCCUCCUUCUCCGCGGCGCCGGCGCCGUCUUACACCAGUAGGAUCCCCAUACCCUCCUCGUUCUCCACCGCGGCCCGCUGCUCCGUCGGCAACCUCUCGCCGGUCCAGUUCGAGCCCCUCCGCGCCGACGCCGGCCCCGAUCCCGAUCCCCCCUUCUCCCAAGACGGCGUCGGAGUUUGCGCGGCCACCGUCGACGGCGAGCAGCAAGAACACGAGCAGCAGACGCGCGACGGGGGGAAGGAUGGGGACGACAAGGGGGGCGGCAUCAACGUGCCGCGCCAGCGCUACAUCGCCGUCCCCAAGGCGGCGCUGCUCGACGCCGCCCUCUCCCUCUUCCCCUCCCCGACCGCCGCCGAAGACUUCAGGCGAUUCGCGAGGUGCUUGGACGCGGUCCUGCACGCGGAGCACAAGGAGACGCUCGAGCAGAUGCGCGCCUACUACAUGCUCCCGGACGAGGAGGACGAGGAGAAGGGGCCUGGCAAAGCCUCCGGCGGCAACCGGGCGUCGUCAUCGAUGAACGGCAGGGGCUCCGGGCUCUUCGGCAUGUCCCAGGACGGCGGCGAUGACGACGACGACAGGAUGUCGUUUCUCUCCAGAAGCCUGGACUGGAAGACUCUGCUCGGCUUAUCACCGGAUCCAGCUCCCAUAUCUCCCACCAGGGUUGCCUUUGCGACCCAUUUCCAGCGCGCCUUCAUGAACCUCCUGCGCAACGCACAGUUUGAAGAGCUCUCUGCCCAGGACCUGCUCCUGACCUACUCCCUCAACAGCGAUUACCUCCUGACGCUGCCAGUUUACGUCGACUGGAAGAAGGCAGCCGAGUCUAAUGCCAUCAUAUUCCGGCGUGGGUAUUCGACCGAGAGCCAGAAGGGCCUACUGUUGGUAGAGAAACUUGAUUACCUGCAGUCGAAACUGUUGCAGAAUAUUUUCUUCAGCCUUUCCAAACCCUUGGGGAACCUGGGGAAAUGGACCAAUGAGGCAUUGAAAAAAUCGACAGGGAGCCCGGGAUUUCAGAUCUGGAUUGACAAAUUGAAGCUCUGGCUGAAAGAGCAGACUUAUGCAGAGAACUCACUGUUGCUGAUAGAAAACUAUUCUCGGGGCAACCUUACGCCAGAUCAAUUACCAGAUGCGGAUCUUCCUAUUUGGAUUGCUGCACAGAGGGCAGUCUCUCGUUAUGAAGGAUUUCUUUCACCUGUCGGUCCUCGUGGCAGACUCCUAAGAAGAGUGCUUACAUGGACAGGAUUAAUUCCUUCUCUACCAGAGGCAACACUGAAAUCUGAUACUGAAGCAAAACAAUCUGAAGGCUAUGUGAGGCCAAAUUUUCUGCCUAGAAUUACCCUUGCAAACAUAUGGGAGCCAGCAAGCAGAGAAGCUUGUGACAACAAUAUUUGGGAGAUAAUAAAAGCUUCUUUUGGCAUUUUAUUUGCCAAGUCUACUCUCCAGGAACCAGCAUUCGAAGAACUGAUCAUACUUUAUUCCGAUGAUUCUGCUCAAAGUAAUGAGAAGGAGAGCUCUGAGAUGCAGAUGCUGCCGCCGCAAUUGAAAAUUUACGAGAAAAUACCCAUCCCAGAUCUGCCAGUGGUUUUCCCUCACAAAAAGUUGUCAUUCCGCAUCCUUGAUACAGUAAGGCUUGAUAUAGCUACCGUUAUAGGAUUGUUGGCAUAUGUUGUCAACUACAAAUUUGAGAGUUUAGCCUCAUCUCCGUCAGCUUUCCUUCUUGAUCUAGCUGCUUUUACUGCACUUGCAAUACUCGUGUUCCGUGUGACUCUGGGAUACAAACAGACCAGAGAUAGAUACCAGCUUUUGGUCAAUAAGACGCUCUACGAAAAGACAUUAGCAAGUGGCUUUGGUUCAGUUUACUUUCUUCUUGAUGCUUCCGAGCAACAACAGUAUAAAGAAGCACUCCUGGCAUAUGCUAUGUUACUUGGCAGAAAUAAGGUGUCAUCUCGCGCAAGCAUCAGGGAUAUGUGCGAACAGUUUAUGUAUGAGAAGUUUAAUGCUAAGAUUGAAAUGCCUAUCGACAAAGCUAUGGAGACGCUGCUGCGGUUGGGUCUGGUGGUCGAGCUGUCGACUAACGGCAGCUCCUCCUCUGUAAUAGCUCUUCCCUGUCCAGACGCUUACGAGAUCCUCAAAAGCCGCUGGGAUAGUCUGCUGGAGCAUAAGACAUAGCAAGGGUGAUGAAACCUCGCUACAAAUCGAGUUUUGUUUGUAUAGCGGAAGGCAAAAUCUCAGUGUAGUCAAGUAUGUGGCCUCUGAUUUUGCUUGAUCUCUCCAAGGUGUACACCGGAGAAGUUGAAGGAAAAAUAUUCUACCGAAUUUCACAAAAAAAAAGGCACUUCUGCAUUUCCAACUUCGAGCCAAGGAGAAUAGCAGUUGUUGAUAGACAAUAUGAUCUCUCUGUGUGCAGACAAGUGGGAAUUUCUAGGAUAUGAAUUUGUGCAUAAGCUCAGUCCAAGAUUUGUAUAUAUUUUCGAGGUAUAUCUAUUUAUUCGGAAAAUGUUCAGCGUGCCAUACAUGCCACAAAGGGGAAUUUACCGAGAAUUACGCAUGGUUUUUGCCGGCUGAUA